GCGGAAGGGACGCCGCGGCCAUCUUUAGUGCAGGCAGCGUCGGCGGCGCCGGUGCCCGAUGCCGGCGGAGAAGAUGGCGGUGGACGGGCCCGAGCAGAUGGAGAUGGACGAGGGCAAGGGCGGCUCGGGGCUGCGGCAGUACUACCUGUCCAAGAUCGAGGAGCUGCAGCUCAUCGUGAACGAGAAGAGCCAGAACCUGCGGCGCCUGCAAGCUCAGAGGAAUGAGCUGAACGCCAAAGUGCGCCUGCUGCGGGAGGAGCUGCAGCUGCUGCAGGAGCAGGGCUCCUACGUGGGCGAGGUGGUGAGAGCCAUGGACAAGAAGAAAGUCCUCGUCAAGGUGCACCCAGAAGGGAAGUUUGUGGUGGAUGUUGACAAGAACAUCGACAUUAAUGACGUGACGCCUAACUGCCGCGUGGCCCUGCGCAACGACAGCUACACCCUGCACAAGAUCCUGCCCAACAAAGUGGACCCUCUUGUGUCCCUCAUGAUGGUGGAGAAGGUGCCCGAUUCCACUUACGAGAUGAUCGGAGGGUUGGACAAGCAGAUAAAGGAGAUCAAGGAAGUGAUCGAGCUGCCCGUCAAACACCCYGAGCUCUUUGAGGCCCUGGGAAUUGCCCAGCCCAAGGGCGUGCUGCUCUACGGCCCCCCCGGUACAGGCAAGACCCUGCUGGCCAGGGCUGUGGCCCAUCACACCGACUGCACCUUCAUCCGCGUGUCGGGCUCCGAGCUGGUGCAGAAGUUYAUUGGCGAAGGUGCCCGCAUGGUGCGGGAGCUYUUCGUGAUGGCGCGGGAACACGCGCCCUCCAUCAUCUUCAUGGACGAGAUCGACUCCAUCGGCUCGUCCCGCUUGGAGGGCGGCUCCGGCGGGGACAGCGAGGUGCAGCGCACCAUGCUGGAGCUCCUCAACCAGCUCGACGGCUUCGAAGCCACCAAGAAUAUCAAGGUGAUCAUGGCCACAAACAGGAUCGAUAUCCUGGACUCGGCUCUGCUGCGCCCAGGCCGCAUCGACAGGAAGAUYGAGUUCCCCCCUCCCAACGAGGAGGCCCGCUUGGACAUCCUCAAGAUCCACUCUCGGAAGAUGAACCUGACCCGAGGCAUCAACUUGCGCAAGAUCGCGGAGCUGAUGCCGGGGGCGUCGGGGGCGGAGGUGAAGGGGGUGUGCACGGAGGCCGGCAUGUACGCGCUGAGGGAGAGGCGGGUGCAUGUGACGCAGGAAGACUUYGAAAUGGCUGUUGCCAAGGUGAUGCAGAAGGACAGCGAGAAGAACAUGUCCAUCAAGAAGUUGUGGAAGUAACRGCAAGGCUGGGGCCGCCCCUCCCUUCCUGUUGGCUAAUAAAGUGCUGCUGCAGCCAGGUCUGGGUGCUGAUUUGGGGCCAAGGUGGGAGGAAGGAGGAGAUUGAGGCAGCUCCACCCCAAGAGAGACCCCUUGCAGACACAACAAGCACCUGCUGCUAACUGUUUUUAUUAGAAAAUAUCCAAAAUAGACAAAACGGUUACACAAGAGGCAGAGCAGAACCCCUGAGCCGUCCAGCCUGGGACUGUAAAUGCCCCC